AUGACUACAGUUCCUCCAAGGCUCCCUGAGGUGACACUUGCACAUCCCAAUCAGGUUCAGCCUCAAAAUCCAAAUCCACUUCAGCCUGUGGACCUGGAGCUUUCCAUAACUCCAGAACCCACUACGGACAUUGAACUUUCUCCAAUCAUGCAGGAAACCACAUCUCAACCUCCAGAGCCACCUAAGGAAGUUCCUCCAGAGCCACCUAAGGAAGUUGAACAUCCUGUGGCUCUGGAGAGGAUGGCAGCUCCCCAUCCAGACCAGAUUCAGACUCAGCCUCCAAUCCCGACUGAAGUUACAAUUCAAAUAUCCGACUCGGACAUUACCGUAACUCAAAAUUCGUUGCCAAAUUACAACAUGGAACAAGAGAUUGCCAAUAUCAACACCGACAUGAACACCAGCAUAUGUGAGCUCUGUACCUGCAGAGAUGAGACACUGUCGUGUGUUGGUCUCAGCCCAGAGAAGAGACUCCGCCGAGUGCCUGUGCAGGAGCCUGAAGCCUAUAAUGGCACCUUCACCGUCUUAAAUUUCCAAGGAAAUGCUAUUUCUUACAUUGAUGAGAAUGUAUGGAAAUCAUACCGUUGGACUGAGAGACUAAUUCUCAGUGAAAAUCAUUUGACCGAAUUACAUAAAGAUUCAUUUGAAGGCCUACUAUCCCUCCAGUAUUUAGAUUUAUCCUGCAAUAAAAUCCAAUUUAUUGAAAGACGUACCUUUGAAUCAUUACCAUUUCUGCAGUAUGUAAAUCUUGGUUGCAAUUUAAUCACUGAACUGAGCUUCGGAACGUUUCAGGCGUGGCAUGGAAUGCAAUUUUUACACAAGCCGAGCCGGGCACGCGGGUUCCGGAUGAACGGAGCUCCCGGAAGCCCCGCCCCCGCCGCCGGCCGCGCGCGCCCCCCACCUCCGCCCCGCGCGCUGCUGCGCUCGGCCCUCCCCUCCCUCUCCCGCCGUCCGCCUUUGUCGCGCCUGAGCUUGCGGGUCAGCAAGAGCCUCCAGCGUGAGCGUGCGGCUGCAGCCCCGGUCACCCAGCCCUCUCCCCCUCUUUUCUGCCUGUCUGCCUCUCCUCCCUGUCGCCGUCUCUUCCUCCCGCGCUCCCGGUCUGUGAAUCUCGACCUUCAUUUCUUCCACCCCGCCCUGCCCGGUCCCUCGCGUGCCCAGUCACCAGGCUGCGUGGGCCCUGCAACGCCUCCUCCCCUCCCCCAACCCCCACCCCCUCCCCGCUGGCGGCACGGGCUGCAGCUGGGCCUCCUUGGCCUGGAGCCCGUCUCAGCGCCGACACUUCUCCACGCCAGCGAGCCUCCGACCCGCCGAGCAAAAUGGGAAAUGAGGUAUUCCCACCAGCAAUGUGAAAGUUGCAGUUGCUACAGGAUCUUACCUAGCCAUAUGGCCUGCUGCCUCUGCCAAUUUAAAAAUAAUAUUGAGGUUGUCUGCAAGACAGUGAAGCUACAUUGUGAUGCAUGUAUAGGAAACAGCACAGAAGAUUGUUUUGAAGAAGCAAGUGUAGGAAAUGUGGAGGGAGCGCUCAUGAAGGUAUUAGAAGCCCGGAAGAAGCACACGAGCACCGAGCUGACCAUUGAGCCAGAGGUAUCCGCAAAUAAAAAUGGCGUCGGCUUGUCAGGCUUCCCGGGUGAUCAAUUUGAAAUGCAGCUAAACCAGCAGCUCCGAUCCCUCAUCCCCAACAACGACGUGAGAAGGCUCAUUUCUCACGUUAUCCGGACUUUGAAAAUGGACUGCUCUGAGACCCAUGUGCAACUGGCCUGUGCCAAGCUCAUCUCUAGAACAGGUCUCCUGAUGAAGCUUCUGAGUGAGCAGCAAGAAGUAAAAGUAUCCAAGGCAGAAUGGGAUGCGGAUCAGUGGAAGACUGAGAACUACAUCAACGAGAGCACAGAAGCCCAGGCUGAACAGAAAGAGCAGGAGUCAAGUGAGCUCACUAAAGGAGUUCCAGGAUAUGGCUAUAACAACAAACUCAUCUUGGCGAUAUCUGUGACUGUAAUAGUGAUGAUUUUGAUUAUAAUUUUCUGUCUUAUUGAGAUUUAUUCUCAUAGAAGAGCAGCAAGGACAGAUGUAGAAUCAGGCUCAGUCCCAAGGUGGGGCUUUUUUGAAUUUCUGCAUAGGAGAUGCUCAUCGCAGGGUGAAAGCCAGGAGGGCUUUUUCUGGUUAAGGAGUCCACUUUGGCUGAGGGAUAUGUACAGACCUCUCAAUGCCACACGCAAGAAAAACAUGGCCCAGAAGCUUCACGACAAGGAGUCUUCUGAUGAGGAAGAGAUUUACAAGAAGGAUGCAGGGGAGCCCCUAUCAACAGCAACACCUGUGGAUUCGGCUGCUGAAGGUGGUGAGGAAAGUGAGACCGCGCCAGAGGGGGAGGACUAAGAGUGAUCCAGCCUGCCUAAGGCCGCCUGCAAACUGUACUUUCUAAUGUUGGCAUCUCGGCAUUGCUUGUAAGAUACUUAUUAUUCACACACAAAAAAUGUAUACAAUCUAUUGUCAAUUCCAGCCAGCUGGUAAGAAACUUAAACGUUAAUAGUUAAAUAUUUAUACACGCAAAACAAGGGCCAGAGAAAAGAAAAGCAGGACUGAAGCCAGAGACUGUCAAGCUGGCCAACACCUCCACAAGCGGCACUGUGGGCAGAGGACGCACGGGGGCUCCCCCACCUCAUUUCCCAGUCUAGUCAGUCUCCGGGAAGCUGAAAAUACAUCAUCCUGGAGAGAGGGAGCCAAUUUUUAAAUCAAAUACAGUUGUUCUGGGGCUCUCUCCCCUGGUCCAUUAAGAACCAGUCCUUUACAACAUACUUGACCUCUUGCCCUGAGGGGACCUUCCACCUGCUGCCACCUCUCAGAGGGUGGGUGGGGUUGCCAGAAAUGUUUGGAUCACUAAGCCGACCUGCACUGUUGCAUCAAGUCCUCUGUUUUCUCCCAUGCUCCCAAAUUCAUGCGUGAAUGUGUGUCCUUUACCCUUUAAAGCUGGUGGAAAAUUCAAAAAAUUUUUUUUGUUGGUUUUUUCUUUUUAAAAAUCUCAACCCUUGGAUAGCUACUAGCUACCUGUCUUUUCUCCCAUGCUCACAAAUUCAUGCGUGAAUGUGUGUCCUUUACCCUUUAAAGCUGGUGGAAAAUUCAAAAAUUUUUUUUUGUUGGUUUUUUCUUUUUAAAAAUCUCAACCCUUGGAUAGCUACUAGGCCAAUUCACUGUCCCUCAGAUGGUUGGAGGGCCAGACCAUAGUUAAAAAAAAAAAAAAAACUGAACAAAUUCCUAUGCACACUGCACAUAUCUUAUUUUGAAGUACAAAAACAAAACUGGGGCAAAUACAAUCACACCGCUUCUUGUGGCCCGCGGGCCGCAGGUUGAGGACGCCUGGUCUAGGGAGAUAGAGAAGUAGAACCCAUGCUUGCCAGUGAAGAGUCAACAAUGACAAUAAUACUGGGGGUGAUGGCUGCUACGGUUUAUUAGGCACCAGCUUGGGCCAGCAUAAUACGAAGCUCUUUAGUUACACUGUUAAGUCACAAGGACCAAAACGCCACAUGCCAGCUCAAAUUCUGCAAGGGGGUGGGGUGUUAUGAGUGUUGGACAUAAACAGGAAGCUAACAGUAAACCAAGACUAGAGAUCUUGUACUGCUGGGCCUCCCAGACUCUGGGCCAGAUUCCAGGCAAAUCCAGGUUCCUAUUUUGUCACAAUUACAUUAUUUCCAAUUUGGUACACAAAGUGAGACUUACGUAAAACACUAUCUCAACUUUGUACAAUACUUGUUAACCUCAAAUGCUACCGUACUGUACUUCUAUUUUUUGUUUUAGAGAUAGAGUCUCACUUCGUCACCCUUGGUAGAGUACCAUGGCAUCACAGCUCACAGCAACCUCCAGGUCUUGGGCUUAGGCGAUUCUCUUGCCUCAGCCUCCCGAGUAGCUGGGACUAUAGGCACCCGCCACAAUGCCCGGCUAUUUUUUUGUUGCAGUUUGGCUGGGGCCGGGUUCAAACCCUCCACCCUCGGUAUAUGGGGCUGGCGCACCCCCUACUGUACUUCUAAAUUAAAACUCCCCAAAGUGAGAUUCUACUUUGCCCAGCUCUUCAGUGAGACCUGAGAGGUAGAGAGAGGGGGACACAAGGCCAACAGCUACUAAAUGAAUGAAAAUCCUCACUGAUUCCUAUGAAAACUGUCAGAGAAAUGAGAAAUUUUAUAACAGAUGAAGAAAUGAGGCAAUAUAUGAUUAGAGCAAAAAUAAUACGGAAAAGAAAUGUAGCGGUUCGGAAGAAAGAAGGUUACAUGGCCUAGGGAAAAUCCUUGAAGAAAAUGGAAUUUUGCUGGAGGAUCCGUCUUUAGGUCGUUCACUCACUCACACACUGGUGAGUUCUCGGAGGCUUCAGUUCCUCCCCCAACGGGCCUGUGCACACGCUAUUUGAUUGAAGGUUCUCAUGACUUGAUGGUGGGCCUCCUCCAGAGUGAGUGGUCUAAGAGACAGAGACAGAGCCAGGCAGAAGUUAACCUUUUCAUGACCUAGCCUCAGAAGACCGCUGCCACAUAACAUGAAUAGAGGUCAGUCACUAAAUGCGGCCCACAUUCAAGGGGAGGGAAUUUAGACUUCACCUUUCGAAGAAAGAAGAAUCAAAGAGUUUGUGGACUAUAUUAAAACUACUUGCAUAUACAAAAAAAGCAAAAAAAAAAAAAAAUGGAAGAGAAAGUAUCCAAUGUACUCAGCCCUACUAUGAAACUAAUUUAUGGCUUUCACAUGAAAGCUAUAACCCAGUUAUAACCUAAGAAUGGGGGAAAGGGAGGGGAGGGAGGGGGAGGUGGGUGGAGGGAGGAUGAUUGGUGGGAUUACACCUGCGGUGCAUCUUACAAGGGUAUAUGUGAAAUUUAGUAAAGGUAGAAUGAAAUUGUCUUAACACAAUAACUAAGAAAAUGCCAGGAAGGCUAUGUUAACCAGUGUGAUGAAAAUGUGUCAAAUGGUGUAAAAACCAGUGUAUGGUGCCCCAUGGUCGCAAUAAUGUACACAACUAUGAUUUAAUGAAAAAAAAUAGAGUAGAUGGAUGUGGCUGUUUGACAAGCAUGGAGGCAGCUUCUUCUGCCCCACCCUCCUUCAUGGACCAAGGAAGGAAGAGAAGAGCAGCGAGAACAAGUCUUUGGCUCUCCAGGUAAAGGUAUAUGAAAGCAAUAAGAAAUAAUCAAUCUCCAAAGAUGAAAUAGUAAAAUACAUGCUACAUAGGAUUAAAGAAUGGAGUCCAUCUGUCACUGGGCUUUAGCCCAUUUUGCAGCCUACCAAGUCCCACCACCCUCCUGACACCCGCCCAGCCUCUGUCACCCUCCAUACACCCACAUGUGCUACUGCUGCAUUUAUCACGAUGGAAGUAGGAGUCAUGAGUGUUCUUGAGUUAGGAUCAGGGUUGAUAGUGUAAAUGUUCCACUUAUUAGGAGGAUGGAUAGUAGGAUGACGGCCAGGGUUACUUCAUAUGAGAUAGUUUGUGCUACCGCUCGUAGUGCUCCAAUUAGUGCGUAUUUUGAGUUUGAUGCUCAUCCCGAUCACAGGAUUGAGUAUACAGCUAGGCUGGAUGUGGCUAGGAUAAAUAGUACGCCCAGGUUGAUGUUGAUCAGGGGGUAUGGGAUU